AUGGCCAUGCUAUUCUUCUAUGCAGCAACAAUUGCAUCCAUAAUAAUAACAAUAAUCCUCCUAGUCCUCCAUGUUCUUGAUCGCAAAAGAAGUUGUAAAGACCCUCUUUUCAUAGAUUGGCCACUCUUUGGCAUGUCACUUCAACUUUUUUACAACUUGUCCCAAAUUCAUGAUUUCUUAGCAAAUGUCUUGAAUCGCAAAGGAGGCACUGCUGAAUUCAUGGGACCUUGGUUCACCAACAUGAACUUCUUGCUCUCUACCGAUCCCAUGAACGCUCAUCACGUAUUCAGCAAGAAUUUUGAAAACUAUGUCAAGGGACCCGAGUUUCGCGACGUUUUCGAUGUUUUCGGCGACGCCAUAAUCGUGACGGAUGAUCUUGAGAAAUGGAGAUACAUGAAGUCUUUCUUCCUUUCUCUGAUCAAGCAUAAAGGUUUUGAUAUCUUCUUCGAGAAAACGAUUCAGAACAAGGUGAAGAAUAGUUUGCUUCCCAUGUUGGAUCAUGCAUGGUUGCAAGGAACAGUGUUGGAUCUUCAAGAUGUCUUUUGUAGGUUCACAUUUGAUUUCACAAGCUUGAUGGUGUUAGGGUUUGAUCCCAAAUCCCUUUCCCUUGGAUUCCCAACUGUUGAAGCUGAAAAGGCUUUUGAUGAGAUUGAAAAAUGCUUGUUCUACAGACAAAUGGUGCCGAAAAGUGUUUGGAAGUUUCAAGAAUGGCUCCAAAUUGGUAAUGAGAAGAAGAUGGCGAAAGCGCUCAAGGUUUUCGACCAUUUCCUUUGUACUCAAAUAGCUUCUAAACUCGAAGAGCUAAGCAAAACUAAGAAAACUAUGAAUGCAAAGAGCGAUAAAACUAUUCGAUUCGGUAGCUUUCUUGCUGAAGCUACAAGAUACGAAUCGCUCGAUGCGAAACUUUUAAGAGAUUAUGGAUUUAAUUUUUUUGCUGCCGGAAGAGAUACCAUUGCCUCAGUUCUUACGUGGUUCUUUUGGCUUGUUGCUUCGCAUCCGGUAGUAGAAGCUAAGAUUCUGGAAGAAAUAGAUAAAGUUUUUGGCGCUGUUGACAGAGAAAAUUACAAAAUUUUAAGCACAGAAGAUGUCAAGAAGCUAGUUUAUCUCCAUGGCGCUUUGUGUGAAGUUUUAAGGCUUUUUCCUCCAAUACCUAUGGAGCGCAAGAAACCAAUCAAAGAUGAGGAUUCGGAUACAAAUAUUAUAUUUUCUUUCUACGCAAUGGGGAGAAGUGAAGAAAUUUGGGGGAAGGAUUGCUUGGAGUUCAAGCCAGAGAGAUGGAUGAAUGAAAAAGGAGGAAUCGUUCAUGUUCCUUCUUACAAGUUCAUUAGCUUCAAUGCAGGACCAAGGACUUGUUUGGGUAAAGAUAUGUCUUUCAUUCAAAUAAAGAUUGUUACAUCUGCUAUUUUGCAAAAUUAUAGGGUUAGAAUUGUGAAAGAUCAUUCUGAUGAAGUUACACCGACCCUUUCGAUUAUUCUUCUUAUGAAGCAUGGUUUGAAGGUCAAGAUAACAAAAAGACAAGCUUGA